AUGUGCUACUACAUGCCAAAUAAACCCCCUUGCACCUGCACCUACCUCCAGCUGAUCCAGCCCUGCCCACAAGUCCGCGUCUUCGCUGUACCGGGAAGCCCCACGCCCCUGAUCCAAGUCUGUCCCAUCCGAUACAUCGCCCGCGGCGUUGGACAGCGCUUCUGUGAGCUGUGUAGUCGGGCCGCGGGUUUUGGACCCGGCACGUCGGAUGCGGUUGGGCUGGUGGGAUAUCCAGAACAGGGAUUUGAAGGCUCGCAGCUGCCAUCUCACCAAUCGCAGCAGCAGGUGACGCCGCUUGAUCCGAGUCUUGUUAGGGGAGGGAUUUCGAUCGGGGAUUUGUUGAUUCCGACGGGGGAGGAGAGUUUGGGUUCGUCGGAGAUUGCUGGGGAUGCGGAGAGAAGGGCCGAGACGGGGCCGAGCGUGCAGGGCUCUAAUUCUUCACCGUCGUCGAUACAGUCGUUGCUGGUGCGGGUUUCGUCGGGAGGAGGCUUGGUUGCGGAUGCGCAUGGUGCGGCGGUGCCGGGGUGUGCGCAGGUUGAUGAAGUGCGAACGGUUCAGGCUGCGCCCGCGGAGGAAGAAGGAUCAAACGGGGGGAACGAGGGGGUGGGAGUUGAUCGAAAGGAGGAUGAGGCAGAAGGUCAUACCAAAGAGGUUGAAGGGUCUGAUCCCGAAGGAAGGGCUUCUGUUCAGGGGAUGCAGAUAGUCCUUGACCUGGACGGUAAGUAG